AUGAUGGGCUCGGCCACCCCUGUUAGCUCCGGCCAUACCAAGAAACAGCCACUUUUCUCGUCAGAGUUUCUUGCGUCAAAAUGGGCCAAGCUCUUCUUUCUUGUUGUCGGCCUGCAGGCGCUAGUCUGUAUGGCUUUCGAGGCGUACGUGUUCGCGAGAUUCCAGUAUAGCCUUAAAUACCAGUAUGACCAAGACGCCACUGCCGAACAAAAAUCACAGUAUCGCACGAUCCCGACCUUUCUGGCGCUCUUCAUCUUUGGCUUCCUCUACAUCCUGAUCCUAUCAUGGGACGCCCUGCGGCUCAAGAAUACCAUUCAGGUCAUUGGCCUCUGCAUCGCCAACCUGGCCAUUUUUGUCUACGCCAUCCUCCAGAUCGAUCAGAUCGAAAAGUCCAUCGGCAAGCUGCUGGACGCUGGGCUGAUCAAGCCGGAUAAGCAGGACAGGGACGUGUGGGCACUCUGCAAGCCGUUCCUCGUUGCCGUUCCCGCCAUCGUGGGUGUCGUGACCAUCGCCAUGGGCGCCCUCGCAUAUCAGCUUUACCGCGAGUUCGCGUGGGAUAUUCUGAAGCAGAUCGGUGCGGACUACCGCAUGAAGAAGCGCUUCCUGCACUAUCAGAUCUACAUUGCCCUGCUCAAGUUCGACUUCUUCUUCUUCCUCGGUUUCACCAUCCAGUUCCUGGUCAUCGUCAACGGCCUCAAGGACUUCGAGCUCGGCCUACACGUAGCCGCCAUCCCCAUCACCAUCGCCAUUCUUCUCUGCGCCGCCUUCUUCACCCAGCGCGAGAAUCGCGUGGGCGUGUGCUUCGUCAUUCUCCUCUACUUUGGCGGCCUGGCCUACUUCUUCUUCAAGUUGGUCCGCAUCUACCAACCCGGUCACAAGGACGACUACAAGGCCGUCCAGCGCUCGCUCACGGCCUUCGCCGUGCUGACUAUCAUCCUCAUCAUCCUGACCAUCACCAACGCCUUCAUCUGCAUGAGCAACUUUGGCGCUGGCCUGAAGACCCAUCUCGUCCGGCCGGCGGCCCCGGACCCGGAGAAGGAAGACGCCAACUCGUAUCAGUUGAACGACCAGAAACCGUCGCUUCCCACUCGGAUGACGAUCGAUUAA